GGCAGCUGUGGCUCCCGGGCCCCUCCCCUCCCCUCCACACACACGGAAUUCCAGCUCCCUGCCUCCCCAUCUGACAGAUGAGGAAUUUUCAAUCCGAGCGUGCAGACUUCUCUCAUUCACCAUUGCUCUGAUCCCUCCAGCGAGAGUGGCGCAAAAAUGCUCUGGACUCGGAUAAUCCUCCUGUCCUUCCUUGCGACUGUCUUAAUUUUGGCAAUUGCCCGUGAAGCUGGGAGUGCAGCAGUCCGAGAUGAUAACACAGACGUCAAACCAAAGAAUGCAGAAAAGCUGAAAAGGAUUUUCAUGCCUGAAUCAGAUGCAUCCAGCUUCUUUAAACGACGUGGCAAGAGAUCCACAAAGUCCAGAGAUGAAGUGAAUGCUGAACACAGGCAGAGACUAGCUGCUGACGAACGCAGAAGGGAGUACUACGAGGAGCAGAGAAAUGAAUAUGAAAAUUUUGUUGAGGAGGAGCGUGAUGAGCAGUACGAGAGAACCCGUGAGAAGACCGAGCAGUGGCGUGAAUUUCACUACGAUGGGCUUUCCCCCUCCUACUACUACAAUCGCCACUACAACUAGUUACACCGACACAGGGACACCGCGAUGGAAUGACAGCCGAUGCUGGUGCCUUACUCAGACGUACAAGAAUAUUGCAGCUGUCAGAAGAAAAUCAAGUUAUUUUUGAUGCAGCUUUACAUAUGGCGGCGCUGUAGUAAAUCUAAGCUUUCUUAAACUUUUUUUCUGUAAAAAAAAAACGUAGACUGCGUUUAACAUAUUGUAAAAGUUAGAUCUAUUUUUGUCAUUUGUCGAAUACAGGUAUACGGUAUAAAGUAAACAAUACAACUUUAAUUACUAUGUUUUUAAUAGUUUGUUUUAAGAUGUUUGUAUCUUAAAAAAAAAAAGAAAACUGACCUGGAGUCUGUUGAAGAACGUGUUUCACAUCUUUAUAUUUUGCUCCACGAAAAAAAAAAAAUACAGGCAGUUUCAAGAGCCCCAAGCUCUGAAUAAAAAGAGCCACGAGUCAUUGAGAAAUGCAGUGCAGGACAUUAUAUUCCUGUUGUUCCUUUUCUAUGGAUUAUUGGAUUAUGUACCGUGAUCACAUUAAAAAGAAACGAGAGUGCUCAUGUUUUCUGAAGAGAAUGCCUGUUUCUUUUUAAUCUGAUACUAUAUAGAUUAUGGUGAUCUAUACUGCAUGUUGAGGUGACUGGUAAAUGCGGGAUCUUUUGGUUACAUUUGAUACUUUUGUGAUUUAUAUUUUAACCUUGCAUGUUGCAGGAACAAUACUAUAUUGCAAGUCUCCAUUUAAUGAAUGAAUACUAUAAUAUUAGCGAAAAUAAAUCUGAAACAAGACUCAAGCAAUUAAUAAGAACAAAUACCUGCAUAAAGCAGACCGCAGAGAGGUUGUCUAGAUAAUUUGAAAUAAUGUCAAAUAGCGUAGUAUUAACUGCUUCUUAAAACAUCAGCCCAGUGUCCAGCCUGGAGUGAUAUUACACGCAUGAUUGUUUAAAAAGGUAAAUAUAUCUAUAAAUACCAGUAAAAUUAAAAACACCAGUAGAUGCCAAUCUUCUGACAAUAUUAAACAGACUAUGUAUCUGCUAUGUAAUGAUAGAAUAGCUAAAAAAAGACAUUGUUGUCUGGUACACUUUUAUCAUGGCUAUGAAAUAAACAUUGUAUAAAUUCUAAA